CAAAGGGCAGAGAGGAAGUUAGCUGUUUUCAGGGCGGUGUACGUAGAUUUGUUUUGGUAGAGACAUGCCCUUGAAUCCUCGUUAGUCCUGUUUUUGUACCCAGCACCACUGCAUUACUUAGCUUACCAUCUUCAAAGUACAUUAGGUAUGUAAAGCUUUCAUUUUUAGUCAGCCACACGCUGCCAAGGUUAAACCCGAAGUUUCAUACCAGGUCAGCAGCAACAACGCCACUAUGGGGUUUCUACUGUCUAAAUCCAUGGAUGCAAACUUAAAAAAGCAGCAAGAAUUCAUGCUCCACAAUUCACGGCUGCAGAUGGAGCGUCAGAUCCUGAUGCAGAACCAGAUGAGGGAGAGGCAGAUGGCGAUGCAGAUUGCCUGGUCCAGAGAGUUUCUCAAAUACUUUGGCACUUUCUUUGCAGUGGCCACAGUGGGACUCACUGUCGGUGCAGUUAAAAGAAAGAAACCAGCCCUUUUGGCUCCUAUCGUUCCCCUUGGCUUCAUAUUAACCUACCAGAUGGACAGCGCCUAUGGCACACUCAUUUAUCGUAUGAGAGGGGAGGCUGAGAGUAUCAUGGCGUCUGAACACGACCGUCUGGAUUUGCCUCUUGGGACUCCCACCUUUGAUAGCAUAGAGAAGGCCCGCCGCGCUAAAAGCAGCCUCGCCUCCUUCUUGGAGAAGUGACGUGUUGGUUGUUUGAGACAAAAUCAGAAUCGUCCUGACAGUCCACUCCCCCAUGCUGCUUUUGCAUAAUUAUGAAAAAAAAACUAUUGACUACCAAUUGCCUUUUUAAAAUUAUUGCAUCCAUGGUUUGCACUAAUUCUCAAUCAUGGACCUCUCUUUAAAUUAGUCCCAAUAUAAAUAAGUAUACAAAUAAUGACUGUUUUUGUGGUUAUCUCUAUUAGAGGUGCAUCAGCAGCCAAACUAUGAAUUAGAUAAUUAAUAAUGCAGAUUAGCUGAUGCAGAAUAUCAGCCCAAAUACAUAAAUUAAUGUAAGAUAAGAAUAUAGCACCAUAGUAUAUGAUGAAAUCUGUUACAUGAAUACUUGCAUUAGUUAGUGUAUGUUCAGACAUUUUAAUUUGAUUCACUCAGAUACCAUGUUGCACUGAAACUAUAUCUUGUUGUGCUUGUUCAUCAUAUUCUUUCUUCUAAAGGUGCAUUAAGUAAUUUUUUACCACUAGAGGGCAGAAAGACUCCAAAACACAAACACAGUAACAUAACUUCACAAAGUCUGACAUUGUAAUGAAAUGAUUAAUAUUUCUAGGGGGAUAACUUGUAGUUUUGCUUGGAUAACCAAAGCAGCUGAAGACGGAUCAAAAUGCUAAAAUCAAAAAAUGUUAGUUAUUGGAGCUUUAACUGUAAAGCUUCUCUCGUGGCCGACAUUUGUCCUGACAGCAGCCUAUCUUUUACUUUUUUCAUCAUGGUAGGAAAAGGAUGUAAAAUAUUACAAGGUGCUGAUAUAUUAAUGAUAUUAUGUAUUUAGAACAAUUUUUGACAUCAUGGAAACUAUAUUUGUAAAUUCAAUAAAAAGAAAUAUUGCAAAGAAAA